AUGCUCUUACAGGUUAUGUUAUUAUUAUAACCUUAAAUUAGUUAUUUAAUUAUAACAUUGAGAAGAAUAGUGCACCGACCACUGUAGCAAUGCGGUCGUCAGACGAGGAGUUUGGUUGGACGCACACAUCAAAUGAUGACUCCGAUACGGAACCGGAAAAGACAUAUGAUGGCGAAUCAGAGUCCGGCAAAAACUUCAAAAAGAAACUUCAAAAGGAGCUGUUUCAAAAUGGCGACCACAACGAGUCUCACGAGCGUAAAAAACUCAAGAACCCGAAGCGAGAGGAGUCCUCCUCCCUGUCCCCUUCACCCCGCCGCGUCAAGCGCGAGUCGCUUGCCAACGGGCACGAUGACUCCGCCGCGGCCGAGCACAUGCUCAAGAUGAAGAUCAAGGAAGAAAAAGCGAGCUUCGCCGUACCGCGCGGUUCCCCGCGCAAGCGGCGCGCCUCCGCGGCCAACACCGAGCCCGAGCCCGAGGCCGAGCCCGAACAGCCUCGGAAGAAAAAGAAGAAGCGCGACAGAGAAAGAGACAAACAGGAAUCCUCCGCUACUGAGGCCGUCGACGGCCCCGCCGCGGACCCCACAGAGAACACCGACGAUGCCGCCUCGGAAGAGCCAGCCGAGCGCUCCGCUAAAAGCUCCGAGUCGCCGAAGAAAAAAAAGAAAAGAAAGAAAACUGUAAAAGAUUCCUCAAACGACCAGGAAUAUUUCGACGGGUGGUGGAAAUUCGAGGCGGAGGAGACGGUCGUCCAGGAACGCCCGACGCCAAAGAAGCGCGAGGAAGAAGUCAAGCCUUUCACGAGCAAGGAGUUCGUCAGCAAUGACGACUCAUCAGAGGAGGAGCGGCCCGCACCCGCAGCUCCCCCUGCACGCUCCCGAGCUAGCCUGAGCGAUGCCAAGUCCGUCGAAUCUCCCCGGCGAGCGAGAACGUCCGACAGAAUAACCUUCGAGGAGGAAUCGCAGUCCGAGACCGGAUCUAAAACUCGGAAAGAAUCGCACGCGUCGACGGAAUUUCCCCGCCGACCCCGAUUAUCAGAAAGGAUCACAUUCGAGGAGGACUCGCAGUCGGGGCCCGAACCCUCCGCGCCGGCUCAAAACGUAACUCAGAGGAAACCCCUGCCCGUAGAACGCCGGAGGAUCUCCGAGAGGAUUACGUUCGAGGACUCAAACUCGGAACCGGAGCGGGCGGCCGAGCCUCCGGCCCCGGGGCGCGUCUCCGCAGACAGCGGGCGACUCGGCAGAUUCCUCCGGGCACACGCGCACAUGCAUCCCGUUCUCGGCGACUUCCCGCCCGGCGCCGCCAUCACCGCCAACGACGACAUAUGGAUCGUCCGCUGCCCGAGGGACCUGCCCGUCGGCGCGCUAAAAGGGAUCACGCUAGACGUCGACUUCAAGAGUAAAGUGAAGAUCGGCGGGCAGGCGUACGAGGCGACGCCGGCGGCCGCGUCGGGCGACGAGCGCGUGGCGGUGCUGGCGCCGGCGGCGCGCGGGCGGGGGUUCUGCGUGCGCGCCGUGCGCCUGCGCGGCGAGCUGCGCCUGCGCGCCCGCCUGCCGCGCCCCAGCGCGCCGCGCACCCAGGGCGACGGCGAGCCGGAGCGGAUCCCGCUGCCCGACACGAGGCCGCGGCACCCGCUGCUGGGCGCCGGCUUCGAACGGCCGCUGCCGGCCGAAGUGAAGAGACGUCUCGCCGCCGCUAGCGCCCGCACCGAACGAGUCGUCGACGAGGUCGAUAGCGACGCGCGGCGAGAAAAAAAGAAGAAAAAAAAGAAGCACGAGGAGCGCCCGGAACCCGAGCCGGAGCCCGAACCGGAGGUCGAGCCGGAGCCCGAACGAAAGAAGCGCAAGCGGAAACACAGCUCGCGGCACGAGCGCGAGCCGCGGGACUCCGAGCGGGACCUCGAGUCGCCGCCGCGGAAGAAAAAGGUCAAAAAGGAAAAGAAAGAAAAGAAGCGGCGCGACGAUGCCGCCGUCUGGGACUCCGAGCGGGCCAUCGAGGAGAGCCUCUUCAACUUUUAAUUAUUAUGUGUUAAGUAGAUUUAUCGAACGCUUCAAUAAGGACUCUAUCGUAAGUGGUGAACAUCAGAGAAACAACAUAUUUUGAAUCAUGUUUUUUGCAAGCUUAUGUAUUAUUACAAAAAUAAUAAUAAAUGGGGAGUAUAAGGAGACCUCACGUGUAUUUGAGAUGUUAUAUGUUUAGAAUCUUUUGUUGUUAUUGCCUUUCAUUUUGCACAGGUAAUUAGCGGUUUGGUUUAACAAAAGAUAACAAUGCCAUUCAUCGUCAGGUAGUCUCUCAAAUGGAUACCGACAUUUUAAAACCAUAUCCGACUACACUAUCGGUUCGUGUU